AUGAAGGACAACAUCAGUCGCUGGGUGUGGGACAUGCAGCAGGCCAAAGAGGAGAUGGGCAUGGAUGAUGCAAUGAUCAACAAGUACAUGUUUGUGCUUCUUUGGGCCUCUCAGGGCAACACAGGCCCUUCUUCAUUUUGGCUGCUCCUCUUCCUCUUGAAACAUCCAGAGGCCAUGACAGCUGUGAGGGAAGAGGUAGAUAAAGUUCUAAAGGAGUCGGGGCAAGAGGUCCAACGUGGGGGCUCCUUAAUCAAUUUGACCCGUGAAAUGUUGAUGAAAACUCCGGUGCUGGACAGUGCGGUAGAAGAGACCCUCCGACUGACCGCUGCACCCCUCCUCACCAGGGCAGUGCUCCAGGACAUGAACCUUAAGUUAGCUGAUGGUCGCGAAUACUUCAUUCGCAAAGGGGACAGAAUGGCGAUCUUCCCUUACAAUGCCGUGCAUCUUGACCCAGAAGUCCACCCUGAUCCUCAUUCAUUUAAAUAUGACCGCUUUCUGAACCCUGACGGCAGCAAAAAAACAGACUUUUACAAAGGAGGGAAGAAGGUGAAGUACUACAACAUGCCCUGGGGUGCAGGAGUCUCCAUGUGCCCUGGAAGAUUCUUUGCUACUAAUGAGCUGAAACAGUUUGUUUUCCUCAUGUUGGUCUACUUUGAGUUUGAGCUAAAGAAUCCUGAUGAGAAGAUACCUGAAAUUGAUUUCAAGCGAUGGGGUUUUGGAUCAAUGCAGCCAAUAAGAGAUGUUCAGUUUAGAUACAGACUCAGAUAUUAA